AUGGGAUCUUCGGGAGCAGCAAUAAAGCUUGGGCAAGGAACAUUACGUGAGUUACGCAUUCAUUUGUGUCCUACAUCAGCAGCUAGUGCUGGCGUUAGAAAUUUCAUUGAGAAUGAUUAUGUACCUUUGAAGAAGGUCAAUCGACAGUUCCCUAUAUUGAUCCGUGAAUGCAGUGGAGUACAACCUAAGGUUUAUGCCAGAUACAGUUGCGGUGUUGAAAAAAGUAUUCCAUUGGAUAAUAUCUCGCGAUACAAGGUAUUGGAUAUUAUCAAAGAUUUGGUUAUUGGUAAAGUUUCGUGA